AGAGUUUUUUUUUUUUUCACUUUUUUGAUUCCCUCUGGAUGUAAGGAAGAGAGAGCGAGAGACGAGAAGGAAAGUUCUCUUGCUUGCGUCUCUAUUCCAGUGAACAGGAGAAAGACGAAGGCGAGCGUGUGCGUUCUAUACGGUCUAGAGAGCGAGGAAGGGUAGACGGACAUCUUGUGUGUGUUUUCUUCUAUUCUUGAGUUUCAAUCGAGUGGAGGAAAGAGCGGGCUGCCUGAAACAAGAGAUAAUCGAGUGAGGGCUGGGGGCUUCUUCCCUUACAUUUUCGUUCGAUCGUCUUUGUCUGAAGGAAGAAACGAGAGACCGAUCGAGAGAAAGGCUUUGAGAGAGAUAGAAUAGUGAGAGGGUUGCUCCCUUCUGCAGAUUUGUUUUUGCAUCCGCCAAGAGUGAUGCUGACAGAGCAAGGGAAGCGGGAACCUAGGUUGGUUCGGUCGUCCAUCCCUAGCUAACAAUAAAUGAGAGAGCAAGUUUAGAGCAUUUUUCUCUCUACCUUCAAGUGCUUUUAUUUUGCUGGAAUCGCGGUUGCUGUCAUAUCUUCCUAGAGCGGACUUCAUUUUCAAAAUUUCAUUGAGAGGCUAAUGAUACUGAAGAUGAGAUGGCUUCUCCUUGGAAACUUUCUGGAAUGCAAAGGCAGGUCUUGGCUUUAUACCGUUGUUUUCUUCGGGCAGCCCGAGUGAAGAAUCUUGAAGACCACCAAAGAAUCGUGUCUGUUGUCUCCGCAGAGUUCCAUAAUAAUGCCAAUAAUGUUGAUCGCAAAAACUUUCAGUACAUUGAAUAUCUUUUGCGGCGUGGGAAGAGACAGCUUGAGCAACUCAAGAAUUCCACCACCCUUUCACUUUCAACAAUUAAUCUCAAUUCUUCUGGUUCGAAAACAAUCACUGAAGACAAGAAGCUCGCUUCAACGUAUCAUUAAGUUUGUUAAUGACUUACUAAAUCCUGCUGGUCAGAACUUGAGAAUUAGGGAAGGCCUUCAGGUUUGAGUCUUUCUCUUUUCAAACAUGUAUUUGAUAGAAGUAUGAAUUGUAUCAAACUUGUGGGGGUUUGGAGCAAAAGAGUGAAGUGGACUAGAAGGAUGUACUUGCCAAAGGUGAAGCCCAAUGUCCAUUCAAAAGUCAAGAGCCUGAAGAACCCCCCACAAGUAGAGUCUGUAAUUUGACUGGGUUGUAUAAUGACAGGCAACUCAGCUGUCAAAUCUGGUUGUAAUAAUGUGGACUCUAUUUACAUUCCUUGCAUUUGAUAUAUAUACAAGCAUAUUUUGAAUGUUUACUUGAUUGUGCAAUAAAAAAGCAUGUCUUUUCUUUAAGUUUCUUCUCUUGUUCAUUUGGGUAUGGCCUGGACUGUGAUGCGGUAGGCUCUUUGGACAAAAAUAAGAUUUCUACUCAUUAAAAUGUAAUCAAUCUAAAAAUUGACUUAGGCUCCACGAUUUUCUAAACAAAAAGAAACUUGCAUGACUCCCUUCAAGGAGCUAAGUUUUCAAAAUAAAAACAAUCAUGCAUAGCUCAAAGCAUGUUGCAUAUAGAAAGCCCUCACUUAAGGACUAGAUAACAAAAAAAAUCUUUCUUUCGUGAGUCAGCAUUAUGCAUACCCACAUGUAUGGGCAUUUUGGCCUCAAAGCCAAGCUAUAAGUCCUACCUUCUAAAUAAAAAUAAUCCUACCACUCUUCAUUUGCAUUGAGACUGGAUAUCAUGAUUUUAAAAGCGAGUAGGAGGGUUUAGCUGGUAGUCCCUUCUAGGCGGGACAGUAAAUCCAGAGGUCGGGCAGGCUAUUCAUCUUGUGAGGUGUAGUUUGUAAGCCCCUUUGCACUCGUUAGAUUUAGGUUCGAGGCACUACCUAUCGGUAGUCCUCACCUUAGUCUUAGGGUCUGAGGCACGGGUUGAUUCCAAAUCACCCUAUAAGCCCUCACCUUUCGGGCAAUUCCUACAACAUGUGCUGUUGGAAUGUAAGCCCCAACUUUCUAAUAAACUGAUCAAACUUAAACAAAAAUUAGAGUUCAAAAAUAUAAAACGUAACAUAGGAUAGUUUGGGCACCUCUGAGUUUCCUCUCAGAAUCAAAUGCCCAUACUUUACCUCCUUUGACUUUCAUUCCCAAAAUCUAAUCCUUAGUUGAUCAACUUCUCCUUGAAAUUCCUAAAAGGCCAAAAUCCUUUUGCUAGGACUUUCAUGGAUUUAAAAAAAAAAAAAACUUUAGUCAAUGUCUAAAAUGACUUGCAAAAGAAAGAAAAACCACUAGU